AUGGAAUCAAAUCACAAAUCCGGGGAUGGAUUGACCGGCACACAGAAAGAAGCUGCCCUCCGUGCAUUAAUUCAGCGAACGGGAUAUAAUUUGAUCCAGGAAAAUGGGCAGAGGAAAUACGGAGGCCCACCACCCGGCUGGGACGGACCUCCACCAGAGAGGGGAUGUGAGAUCUUUGUUGGGAAACUGCCUCGAGACCUCUUUGAAGAUGAACUUAUACCACUGUGUGAAAAAAUUGGCAAAAUCUACGAAAUGAGAAUGAUGAUGGACUUUAACGGCAACAACAGGGGAUAUGCCUUCGUGACCUUCUCAAAUAAACAGGAGGCAAAGAAUGCAAUAAAGCAACUCAAUAAUUAUGAAAUCAGGUAA